GUAAGGGAGGUUGGUGUGAAAUGAAAAGUGUAGUGCAUCUGUGUGGACGACGAUUUUCUGGUAUUAAGACGGUCAACCUUGUCGUGCAUUCAAACAGCAACAAAGCGGAAUACUGAGAAGAAUUUGCGCAAAAUGGCGUCCCAGACGAUGGUGCAGACUCGGGUGAUGCCAAAUCGUGCGCACGACUAUGUGUAUGAUACGAAUCACACCGUUGCGGGAAGGAAGGAUCAUGUAAAGGCCAUGAUGAAGGCGCAGACUCAUGAUGUGCUCAUUCAUCCGUCCUUCACCAACAUGUUCUCCUCACUCCCACAUCACCCAUCCGCAGCCUAUUCCCUCCGCACACAUCCGCUACCUCCUCACGUAGGCCAAGACCGGCGUGCCUACAACCCACCCAACCCUGAUGUAACCGGUGCGAAUCGGUACCAGUACUUUAAGCGACCCAUCAUACCCUACAUGCCCAGUCUCGGCACCCAAAUUGUUUAUGCCAGACGUCCCAAUAUGCUCGCUCAAACAGCAGGAGCUCAACAUCAAACCCGCCCUGUAACACCCCCGACAAAAACGGUUGGGAUUCAAACCACCUACCGCGAAUCUGAAGCACAAACAGAUCCAUACUCUCCAGAAUACACAACCGCGGGCCCCACACCCCCCGAGCUCCUGGCCCUCGCAACACUUACCUACGGCGCCGGCCUCCCCGUUACUCAAACGGAACUUGAAAUGAUUGAAAGAGCUCGGGCGAAACGAGCUUGGGAAGCCGCCUUACCCCCCGUGAUAGACCAAGAAUCGUUUGAAAAGCGCCUUCGCAUGAUGGAGGAAAUGGAAUUGGCUGAAUGGCGAGAGCGCGAAGAGGAAAUUAAACGGAUCCAAGAGGCUCGAUUGGAGAUCUUGACUAAAGUGAUUGAAAAUCGCGAACUAGAAAAUGAAAAGAUCAACAAUGAGCGUGUGCAUCGAGUUUGGGAGAAGAAGUUGAUGGAGAGGGAUGCGGCUCUAGAGAGGAUUCAGAGAAAAAGGGUGAAAGCACUCCGGAAACUAACGGACACGCGCAACAAGGUCGAGCCGAAAAUCCAUCGACGAGAUAUCAUUACCGAUUACGCCAAUUACGGGUCUGCAGUCUACGCACCCAAAGCCCGCGACGGUGUGUUUUAUGACAAACCAUCGGCUGCUGUGCACGUUCGGGUGGAUGAUUUCGAGGAUUAUCAUGGCAUCCAAGAACUAGAAGAGAGUCUACCUCCUAAAUACCUUCGCCCCGAUUUCUCCAUCCCGACGAAAUCGGCGGUCCACAAGAGAAGUCUCUCUGCUCGACGGGACCUCCACAUGCAAAAUCAACUCGCUCUCAUGGAUCAGAGACUCAAAGAGCGGAAAGCAUUAUCGCAACAAGAGGAGAAACCAUUGCGCUUUGCGCAGAGGAUUGAAAAGCCGCCUAUAAGGCCUCCAACUCCUCAUAUCGACAAUCCAAGUAUGGAAGAUGAGGAGUUGGAUGUCGCAGCUAUUUUGUUGCAAAAGCUGAUUCGAGGACGAUUGGUGCAGAACAUGAUGUACCAAGGCAAGGAGCGCCGUCUCAACCUCAUCAACGAGCUGCGUACCCGCCAAAGCAUCCGUCUCGCCACCUCUCCCCCACGUACGGCAACUACAACUCGCAUAUCCACCCGUCCAGUUUCCGCCGCUGUCGCCCGAGCCACCUUUGAUUCACUACUCACACACCCUGAAGCCCCGGUUCCUCAAAUCGCCACAGCGGCAGGUGAUGCUGCAGCAUUUCAGGCCCUCGAAGGCGGUGCGUCACUCUCCGAAGCGGUCGAAAAGGCAUUGGAACGCCAAGAUCAGGUCGUUCGUGAACGGAGCGUUGGUAGUGCUCGUGGAGGUGCUGGAGAAGACCUAGUCGAUGAAGCCGAUGAAGAAAUUGUUUACACACCCGUCGAAGACAUGCAAGCGCCGAUUCGCCCGACUUUACCAAUGCUCGUCGAAACAACCCUUCAAGCUCCUUAUACUGCCGCUACCCUCCAGUACCUAACCGACGAACUCGUCCGUCUCCGUGAGUCCCAGCGCAUUUCAGCCUUGGUCCGUCUAGCCCUCCGCACCCGUCGUAUGCGAGAAGCAGAGGAAAGCGGAAAGCGUCAGGCCGAAAUUCACCGGCGUAUGAUUGAAGAUGAGAUUUUCCGACAGGUCAUGCAGGUUCACCAGGAGACUGUUGACUCGUUCUUGGAGAAUGUUAUUUGUGGAAGUGUGGAGAGAUGUGCUAGCCUGGAGAGUCGGCGGGCGGUUAGAGAGUAUGCGGAGCGUGUGGGAGAGGUUGUAUGGGGAAUGGAGAGGAGUGGAGUUAGUCAAGAGGAGACGGAUAGGAGGAUUGUUAGGGACCUCGUGAGCUCAUUCUUGAUUCCAGAGGUGGAGAGACAGACAUUGAGAAAUCGAGUGAAAAACGAUCAAAGAAAAUACCUGCAAGCAGCGCACGCAGCUAUUCAUAGUCAACUCCCUACGAUCGAAUCCGCCACUGCCACCGGAAGCACGAGCGAGGAGGACAAUGAAAAGCGAUCAACGUCCCGACCAGCAUCGCGACCAGCGUCCAGACUUGCGUCCCAUCCAACUUCCCGACCAGCGUCCCGACCGGCAGGACAAGAAUUUUGAAGCAUUUGUAGGUGUAACGGACGUUGUUAAUGACUUACACAAAAUAAAUCCGUUGUAAAAUAUAUUUAAACACAAGCUACAUCCCGACAAGUGGCUCAUUGUUAGAUACAGCGCCCUCCACAAUCUUUAAA